AUGAAAAGCCGUCUGAGGAAGCUCGAAGAAGACAGUCAGCGUCUCCACGAACUGACCCAGAACCAGACCCCGCAGAGCAUGGUGAACACGCCAGGCGGUGACGAUGACGCGCCCACCCUGUCGUCCGAGGAGAAGAACAUGAUCAACCCCCUCUUCGACGAGAACCCGAUGAUAAGGGACAUCGAGGCGCUGCCCUCGUCGGAGCCGGGGUUUAUCGGCGAGGCGUCGUGCGCCGCCUUCAGCAACCGUCUCCUCCAGAGUCUGGACGACGAGGAUUACAAGCCCUCGACGGCCGGGCUGUCCAACUACUUCCGCUUCAACCCUUCCGGCCGUCUACCUCCCGAAAAAUACUGCGACCUUCCGGAGAGGAUGCACGCCAAGCUGCUUCUCAACGUGGCCAGGCGCUUCAUCGGCAACUACCACCCGCUCUUUCUCGAGGUGACGUUUAUGCGGGAGCUCGACGCAGUGUACCGUCGCGAGACGGUGCCCUCUGUGCUGUGGAUGUGCAAGUUCUACGCCCUCAUCGCCCUCGGCGAGGUGUACACCAGCCGCAGGUACGGAAAUGACGGCGGCGGCGUCCCCGGAACAGAGUACUAUGUCCGGGCUGUCACCAUGUUCCAGGAGUCGUUCGAGGAACCUUCGCCGCUGCUGGUCGAGAUCCUCACCCUCCUGGCGUGGGCCUCCAACAUAUUCGGACGCCUCCGCACCGCAUUCUGCUACAGCGGCACCGCCAUGAGAAUGGCGAUGAGCAUGGGCAUGCACCGGGCCGCAUCGAGCAGCAGCAGCCUCAGCCCCGUGGAGCGUGAGAGCCGACGGCGCACGUGGUGGGUGCUGUACUUCUUCGAGAGAUUCUCCGCCUCCAAGCUCGGGCAGCCCAUCACUGUCCGCGAUGAGGACAUUGAUGUCGAGCUGCCCAGCAUGGACGGGCUGACGGAGGCAGAGAAGCUCGAAUUCCUCGAUCCGAUUUCCUUGACCACCAAUGUCAGAUUGGCCCGGAUCAUCGGGAACAUCUUGACGGACAUAUACGGCAUACCGAAGAGCACGAGCGGCCUGUGCAUAGACCGCGUACAUGGGAUCCUGAAGCAGCUCCGCGCAUGGCACGACGAGCUACCUCCCGAGAUGCGCAUCAAGGAGCGAGGCACCCCCCGCCCCGCGGCGAGCCUGCACCUCGCCUACAACCAGUGCAUCAUACUGACCACGCGCCCGGUCCUCCUCCACCUCUUCAAGGCGCAGUUCCGGCUAGGCGCACAUGGGCCGCAGGCCGCCCGACGUCAGCCAUUCUCGUCUCUGACCAUGGCCUUGGCCGAUAGCUGCGUCAAUGCCGCGCAGGCCUCUCGCCAGAUGGUCGAGACGCUCUUCCUCGACGGAUCCAUCGCCUCGUUUGGCUAUUGGGAUGCGCACCACAUAUUCUCGGCUGCUCUCAUCCUCAUCAUGUCGGCUGUCAUGAAGCCUGCGCCCGCCACGUCUGAGGGUCUCGAGACGCUGCUCAGCAUUCUCCGGUCCAUGAAGAAUGGCGGCAACAUCCCUGCCGUCGACUUCUGCGAGCGUCUGUCCCACAUCAAGUCGCGUGUAUCGAGGUUGAGGUCCAUGGGGCAUAUGGGUGGCAGUAACGAGAUCAGCCAGAACAAUGCCAUCGCCCCGUCGCCUAUCGAGACACGCAGGAGCGGUCCCACAGAGCCCGGCGUGGUUCGCCGGAACAGACAACCGCCGACAAUGUCUUUCCAUAUAGGUAGUUUCGAACAUCAGGGAGGCAUGGGAUACAUUGAUGCAGACGUCCUCGGAAAUCCCCUCAUCGAAAGCUUUCUCGACGAAACUCGCGAACCUUGGCGUGACGCUCUCUUGUCCGAGGAUAGCACUCUGGGCCAGUCUGCGUCGGAAAUUGAAGAGCAGUUUGUUUUUCACAUGCAAUAA